AUUUGUGUAUACGAGAGUGUGAAUCUUGUUCUUGUGAGCAUAAAGACAAAGUCUACAACUUUCUUCAAAGAAUUUCCAUUUUCAUGAAACAUAACACAAAGAUCAUAACACAAAAUGCCACCAUGUUUCUUUGCACUCGCUCCAUCAUCACCUUCCAUCUCAAAGUUCAUCUCGGAGCAACCAUACCUUUCAAUGCUGGAAAACAAAUGCACCUCCAUGAAAGACCUCAAAAAGAUCCAUGCCCAGCUCAUCAAAACCGCCCUAAUCAAUGACCCCAUAGCCGCUAGCAGAGUCUUGGCCUUCUCUGCUACAUCCCCUGCCUCUGACAUCAACUAUGCGUUCCUAUUCUUCAAUCAGAUGAAAAUCAGAAAUCUUUUCGCUUGGAACACUAUGAUCAGAGGCUUUUCUCAAAGCUCAACCCCUGAAAAUGCAAUAUUUUUGUUCAUUGAUAUGUUAGUGGAUUCGGGCGUUGAACCGGGUCGGCUUACUUAUCCCUCCGUGUUUAAGGCGUAUACCAGAAUUGGGUUGGUCAGAGAUGGAGCUCAGCUUCAUGGAAGAGUGAUUAAAUUAGGUUUGGAUUUCGAUACAUAUGUGCGAAACGCAGUUAUUCACAUGUAUGCUAGUUGUGGGGUUUUGAGUGAAGCGAGGAAGUUGUUUGAUGAGGAUAAUGUUGUGGACGCUGUGACUUGGAAUUCUAUGAUUAUGGGGCUUGCUAAAUGUGGUAAAAUUGAUGACUCCCGGAAGCUGUUCGAUAAAAUGCCUCUGAGAACUGAUGUUUCUUGGAAUAGUAUGAUCAGUGGGUAUGUUAGAAAUGGGAAGUGGGUUGAGGCAUUGGAACUUUUCAGGAGAAUGCAAUACGAAAAUAUUGAGCCUAGCGAGUUUACAUUGGUGAGCCUGUUGAAUGCUUGCGCUCGAUUAGGAGCACUGGAACAAGGGGAAUGGAUUUGUAACUAUAUCAAGAAGAAAAAGGUUGAUUUGAAUGUCAUAGUUGUCACAGCAAUUAUAGACAUGUAUUGCAAGUGUGGUAGUGUUCAGAUGGCUCGAGAAGCCUUCGAUACAGCCCCAAUCAAAGGAUUAUCUUCUUGGAACUCGAUGGUUUUGGGCUUAGCGAACAAUGGAUUUGGGAAGGAAGCAAUUCAGGUGUUCUCAAGGCUUGAAUCUUCAAAUCUUGAACCCGAUUCUGUGAGCUUCAUUGGUGUUCUGAUAGCCUGUAAUCACUCGGGUUUGGUAGAGAGAGCAAAAUACUAUUUCACAUUGAUGAGAGAGAAGUAUGAGAUUGAACCAUCAAUAAAGCACUAUGGUUGCUUAAUUGACACCCUAGGCCGAGCGGGGCUACUUGAAGAAGCAGAAGAGAUCAUAAGAAGUAUGCCAGUGGAGCCCGAUGCUGCUAUAUGGGGAUCUCUGCUAUCAGCUUGUCGGGCUCAUGGAGACUUGGAAAUGGCAAAAUGGGCUGCAAGGAAUUUGAACGAGUUGGAUGCAAAUGAGGGCAGCGGUUAUGUUUCAAUGUCUAAUAUGUAUGCAGCCUCGGGGGAUUAUCAGAAAGCAAUAGAGGAAAGAAUCUCAAUGAAGGAGAAGCAGAUAAAGAAGCAACCAGGUUGCAGUUUAAUUGAAGUGAACGGGGAAGUUCACGAGUUUGUAGCUGGAGGAAUGCUUCAUUCUGAACUCCAAGAAAUUCAAUCUUUGCUCGAAGGCCUUGGGGAGAUUGUUGCUUAAUAAACGAGAUUGCAGAGGCAAGAUCGGCAUUGCCUCUAGUUUUCUGCAAGUAAGGAAGAACAAAGUGGG